AUGGCGUCGCCCGCGCCCGCGGACGCGCGCUACGACCGCCAGCUCCGCCUGUGGGGCGCCGAGGGCCAGCGUCGACUCGCGCGAUGCCGCGUCCUCGCGCUCGGCGCGUCGCCGGCGACGUGCGAGACGAUGAAGAAUCUCAUCCUCGGUGGCAUUCGCGCGUUCGAGUUGGUCGACGACGGCGCGUGGCGUCGCGGCGCUCGAAGCGCGGGCGAGACGUUCGAAUUGACGUGCGAAGACGUCGAGCGCGGCGCGCGCGAACGAGGCGGGAAGACGAUGGUGGAGACGGUGGUGGAGAGACUGGCGGCGCUGAAUCCGGGCGUCGACGGCGCGGCGACGACGGCGAACGCGCGAGCGACGGCGAACGGGGGGAAGGAACGGUACGAACGGUACGACGCGGUCGUCGCGGGAGGCGGAGGAUUGAGCGAUCACGAUCACAGAGCGCUGGCGCGGGCGUGCGCGGAGAGUGGGACGGUGCUGGUGACGACGCGGGCGAGAGGAUUGUUCGGCGAAGCGCGGACGAGCGCGAGCGAACGAUGGGCGACGGAGAACGUCGCGCCGGAGGGGUCGACGGCGUGGGAUUUGCGGUUGGAUAAGCCGUGGGGGGAGUUGGGGGCGUAUGUGGAGAUGAAAACGAGCGAUUUGGAUCGGUUGGAUGGGGCGGCGUUUAAGCACGUGCCGUUCGUGGCGCUGCUCGCGCACGCGGCGGCGGCGUGCGGAACGCGGGAUCGGCGGUCGGUGAAGGAUGCGUUGACGUCCAUGAGGCGGGGGAUGGACGAGGAGAAUUUCGAUGAGGCGAUAGCGAACGUGCGGUACGCGUGGACCGAUACGGGGGCGGUGACGAAGGAGGUGGAAGAAAUCAUUCGCGACGAACGCGCGCGCGCGUUGACUUUGGAGAGCGACAAGUUUUGGUUUCUCGCCGCGGCGUUGCGCGAGUUCGUCGAUCGCGAGGGGUGCUUGCCUUUGGAAGGAAGCAUUCCAGAUAUGACCAGCACGACGGAAUCGUACGUCGAGUUGCAGCGUUUGUACUCGGACAAGGCGGCUAGAGACGCCGCGUGCGUGUGGGAGAGCGCCAAGGCGUUCGCUCGCGACGUCGGCGCGCCGCAUCCCGAAGAGUUCAUUCCCGAGCGCGACGCCAAAAUCUUCUGCAAAAACUGUCGACACGUGCGAUUCGUGACGUGGAGGUCUAUGGAGGACGAGCUGUUUCCGUCGCCAGCCGCUGGAACGAGCGAGAUGUUAGCCCAAGCGCUCGCAGACCCGUCGAAGGCGAUGUCGGCAUGCAUCUUCGCCGGAUUGCGUGCGGCCGACAAGUUCACGACGCUACACGGGAGAAGCCCAGGUGUGCGUGACGCGGGUGACGAUUCUACCGUGGAUGGCGAUGAUGAUGAAUUCGUUCGACGCGAUGGAGAGUCCGUCCGCGCGUUCAUGGCGGAUUGGUUCGAGGCGAGCGAAGUCAAACUCAGCGCGGCGAACGACAAGCUUGCCGACGACGUCGCGUACGAAAUCGCUCGGUACGGCGAUUCGCAGAUUCACGCCGUCGGAGCUGUGCUCGGCGGUAUCGCGAGUCAGGAGCUGAUCAAGAUUAUCACGGGACAGUACCUGCCGAUGACGAAACCACUUGUGUACGACGCCGUAAGCUCGACGAUGGCGACGCUCUUUUGA